CGCGGCAAAGCGUUCUAUAAUGUUCACGGGAGGGUAUACUGUGAGGAAGAUUAUCUGUAUUCUGGCUUCCAACAAACCGCGGAGAAGUGCGCAAUCUGCGGUCACCUUAUCAUGGAGAUGAUACUGCAGGCCAUGGGGAAGUCCUAUCAUCCAGGGUGCUUUAGAUGUUGCGUUUGCAACGAAUGUCUUGAUGGUGUUCCCUUCACGGUUGAUGUUGACAAUAAAAUUUACUGUGUCAACGAUUAUCACAGAAUGUUCGCUCCAAAGUGUGCUUCCUGUGGAAAAGGAAUCACUCCAGUUGAGGGCACAGAGGAGACCGUACGCGUUGUUUCCAUGGACAAAGAUUUCCACGUAGAUUGUUACGUUUGUGAGGAUUGUGGCAUGCAAUUGACCGACGAACCAGACAAACGAUGCUACCCACUUGAUGGUAGACUUAUGUGCCGUGCGUGCCACAUCCAACGCAUAUCCCACACACAACCUAGGGCACCACAGCCAGUAUCAGCUAGUUAUCAAUUUAUGGGAUAAGUUAAGUUAAAUUUUGUAAGUUGAACGUUUUGAACCGAAUUGCGCUUGCGUAUCGGUCAUCUAGAUGUGAACAUCUUAAGAAGUGACUGAACAAACCGACCUAUUAUUGUUGUGAAACUUACACGUGUUUAUCGGUUUACAAAGUAGAAAUACAUAGAAAGUACAGGUAUCGAUAUUUACAAUACAAUUAAUCAAUGCCUAUAAAAAUAAUAUAGCUUUAUUGUUCCUCUAUAACGUGAGAGGUUAACGUAACCUAGCAAGACUGGAUAUUUGCAGAAUUAAAUUACACUGCCUCUUGGGAUCAUAUAGAUUACAUAGUCAGGUCGAUGUUUGAUCUUAUUAGCAAUAUAUAUCUUUGCGAUCUACGGGAAACAAUUUUCCAUUGACAGCUACUAAUAUAGGUUAGCGGUAUAUUUAAUAUAUGUGCUCUUAUUUAUUUUGUUCAAGGUACUGCACGCGAAUGCAGUAAUCUCGUUAAGAUGAACGAGUUGCGCAGGCAACUGUGAUAUAUUAGCAUAAUAAUUAUAUUGUCGUUAAGCAAUGAUUCCUUAUUUUAGUUCGUGUAUAUAAUACAUGCACAAUCCUGUUGUCAGGGCUUGCUCAUUUUCUUGCAAUCAAGAAUUUUGGAUGCGCCCUGACAUGGUGGUUUACGAUAAAAAUGGCGUAUCAUUACCAUACUCCACGCGUUUGCUAACAGUAUUUAUUACGACAAUACAUUAUAUAUCGGUUAUUAGUGUCAAAACUUCAUGCAAUACUCUUAACAUUCGUGAAUAUUACUCAGGAAUUCUAAUGACAUUUAUCGUUAUUGUUGAAAAAUUACAUAAAUUUUAAUGUUUGAAUCGAUGAGUACUACGAAAUAAGAUUCCGUGCAUUGAAAACGAAUAAUUUUAGGAUGCUACAACGCACAAUUCGUGCUGCCAAAAAGCUUUUUUACAUCUGAUUAAUAAUCAAUAUUUCUGCGUGUAGAUAAGAUUUAAGCUGCGAGUAUUGUAGAUGAAAAGUACAAUGUUAUUUAAGUGUAUUCGCGGUAUGUAAUACAAGACGUCCGUUCAAUAAAGAAGGGUAUAUCUGACCAAACCGUAUCU